GGCCCGGGGCCGCGUUGUCGCUGGAUUGUCACCGAAUGGAUCGUCACAGCUUAGAGUUUUGGGAACUGCACCGACGUUUGGGGCAAUGUUUCGAGGCAGCCAGGAGGGACUCAAUGCGCACGGGGCGCCGCCCCUCCGUACCCGCCCCACUGCCGACGCUGCCGGUGGCACCCAGAACGUCUAUGGCCAAGAUGAUGUGCGGGACCAACAGUUCCGAACGUGCCCGCGUCCGCAGCCAUGACAGUGGUUUUUCCAAGAUUUUGCCUGGGGAACUUCCACGCGGAGGUUCGAACUUCAAUUUGAUGGACUCCUCCGACGGGAAUGAUCGUCAGGAACGCCAGGUCUCGGUGGAUUCCUCGCCCGAGUCCCCACGGACGGCAAGUCCUGCACCCGGAAAUCAGCAGAACUUGGCAUCCAUCUCGGUGCAGCAAACCUACGGCAUGGUGCCUUUGGAGUGCUGGAAACGCAGAGCUAAGACGUCUGCGUCGCGCGUGGGGCAGCGGAACGGGACGUCCAUGACGCAGAUGCAAGCCGUGCAAAGUGUCAAGGCCUUGAAGGCCAUCAGUUGGCAUCGGCCGUCCUUCUGCGCCUUGAGUCCCAAUGGACAUUUCCGAAAUUUCUGGGACUUCCUGGGAGUGGUCUUCUUGGUCUUGGAUGCGAUCAUCCUGCCCUUGCAGUUCGUGAUCCGCGGCUUCUACGAGGAGCUGCCGCUCUUCUUUAUCAUCUCAAGGAUCGAGGUGUUCUACUGGUGCUUGGAUUUGAUUUUGUCCUUUUUCACUGGCUAUUUGCACAAGGGGGACCUGAUCUCCAAACGCCGAGCCAUUGCGCGUCGCUACCUGAAGACAUGGUUUCUGCCGGACUUUGUGGUGACCACCAUCGACAUCGUUUUGGAAGCCUCGGGGGGCGGCCGUGCCAGUGCCAGCACGCGGGUCUUGCGGCUUCUCAGGCUCUUCCGUGUGGUGCGCCUGGGCAAACUCUCGCGCUUUGCGAGCUUCCUACGCGAUCGCUUUGAAUCGGAGGUGGCCUAUACCCAGUUCAGUCUCUUUCUGGUGAUCUUCGGCAUGAUGCUCAUGGAGCAUGUGAUCGCCUGUGGCUGGUUUGGGAUCGGUUCCUUGGACUCCGAGUCCGAGACUUGGCUCAGCCGAUCGGGCGCGCUGCAUUCCUCCUUUGGCAUCCAAUACAGCUCCAGCCUGAGAUGGGCCUUUUCACACCUGGGCAUCGGUGGCACCAACAUUGAAGCAGUCAGCGAGUUGGAAGGCCUUUAUUCCAUCAUCGUGGCUCUGGUGUCGCUGAUCACUUUCUCGACGGUGAUCUCGUCAAUGACUUCGUUGGUCAGCACCUUGCAGAACAAGAGGAUGGAAGAGACGCAGCAGUUCGGCCUCCUGCGUCGCUUCCUCCGGGUGAACAAGAUCCCCGACGGCCUGGGACAACGCGUGACGCGCUUCCUUCACUUCACCUACCACGAACGAAGCGCCAACUCAGAGGACCCCUAUAUCCUGGACUUCCUCUCGAAAUCGCUGCAAGCUGAGCUUCGCUUGGCGCGCUACCACGAGCAUUUGUCGAAGCUUCCGUUCCUGGCCAGUCUGCUGACCAACGACAUGCAGAGUCUCCAGGAGGGUCACGUGGUGCAGACCUUGGCGCGGCAGAGCGUCUCGGUGCUGGACUUCGCCGAGGACGACGUGAUCUUUUGCACGGGCAACAUGGCGGUGGCCUCCUAUAGCAUCAUGCAAGGUUCGGUGCUCUACCUCCAGAACGGCGCAGAGGGCCGCGAUCCCAACGGCGGUUGGGUCUCAGAAAUGUGUCUGUGGACCCCCUGGGCCCAUGUGGGGGACUUGGUGAGUGCCAACUUCAGCCGCGUCUUGGCCAUCCACGUCAAGGAGUUUUGCAAUAUCAUUUGUGAAGCACCAGCUGUGCAAGUACAAGCCCACGGGUAUGCCCUGGAAUACGUGGAGAAAUUGAAAUCGGAACUACAACUCUCUGACUUGCCACACAAGCCAGAGUUUGCAAGGCAGCAAAGUUUGCUGUCUCUGAAUCUCAAAGGCAAUUUCCAUCGCCUUGUGAGUGCCUUCGAACAUAUUUCUCUGAGGCCGGGCAGCUGGUCACGAGUUGCACCCUGAAUUUUUCAGGGCUUGACCGGUUGACCCCAGAUAUGAUUCCCUUGAUUUGAAGAUAUUUGAAGCACGUUGAAAUCCCAUGCUUUCAACAGACUUUGAAGAGACACUUUCAAUGAUGUUGACCCCGGAGUAAUGAACCAAUCGCUUCGUUCUUUUUAGCGUUUUUUUUCCCGC